UUUAUGUUCUCUAGCUGUCUCCCUCCGCAAACAUCUGUCUCUCUCUCUUUUUUUCUUUAUUUUCCUUUUUAUUUUUUAUUUUUUCAAUUUUCAUCUCUUUUUCUAAACCCUAGAAUCUCAUCUCUUUGAACUGAAUUUGAGCAUCUAGGGUUUAUUUUUAAAUUUCCAAAUUUUCAUCAUCGGAUUAAACAAAAAAUAAUGGAUCUUCCAAGUCUCGCUGUUGUUCUUCAAGCUGCUCUUAGUCCCAAUCCUGCUGAACGCAAAGCUGCGGAACAAAGCCUUAAUCAGGUUUUUUUGUUUAAUUUUAAUUUUUUAUUGUUAAUAAUUUAUUAUGAUUCUUUGUUUUGGUUUCAGUUUCAGUAUACGCCUCAGCAUCUGGUAAGACUGUUACAGAUCAUCGUUGAUAAUAAUUGUGAUAUGGCGGUUCGUCAAGUUGCUUCUAUUCAUUUCAAGAACUUCAUUGCUAAGAAUUGGGCUUCUCUUGAUCCAAAUGAGCAACAGAAAAUUUCGCAAAGUGAUAAAGAUAUGGUUCGCGAUCAUAUUCUUGUAUUUGUAGCUCAAGUUCCUCCUUUGUUGAGGGUGCAAUUGGGUGAGUGUCUGAAGACCGUUAUCCAUGCUGAUUAUCCAGAGCAGUGGCCAAGGCUUCUGGACUGGGUAAAGCAUAAUCUACAAGAUCAGCAGGUUUAUGGGGCCUUGUUUGUGUUGCGGAUUCUUGCUAGAAAAUAUGAGUUCAAGUCAGAAGAGGAGAGAACUCCAGUUCACCGCAUUGUUGAGGAGACAUUUCCACAUCUUCUCAAUAUAUUCAACAGACUUGUCCAGAUUGAAAAACCAGCAUUGGGAGUGGCGGAUCUAAUCAAGCUUAUUUGUAAAAUUUUCUGGUCAUCAAUCUAUUUGGAGAUUCCAAAGCAGUUACUUGAUCCAAAUGUGUUCAAUGCUUGGAUGAUGCUUUUCUUAAAUGUUUUAGAAAGGCCUGUACCUCUGGAAGGUCAACCUGUAGAUCCUGAGCUCAGGAAAUCAUGGGGGUGGUGGAAGGUGAAAAAAUGGACAGUUCAUAUUUUAAAUCGGCUAUACACUCGGUUUGGAGAUUUAAAGCUUAGGAAUCCAGAAAACAAGGCUUUUGCCCAAAUGUUUCAGAAGAGUUAUGCGGGAAGAAUUUUGGAAUGCCACUUAAACUUAUUGGGUGUUAUUCAUGUUGGUGGCUAUCUCCCUGACAGAGUUACCAACCUUAUUCUUCAAUAUCUAAGCAGCAGCAUCUCGAAAAAUGGCAUGUAUACUUUGUUGCAGCCACAGCUUGAUGUUCUUCUUUUUGAGAUAGUCUUCCCUCUAAUGUGCUUCAAUGACAAUGAUCAAAAGCUUUGGGAAGAAGAUCCACAUGAGUAUGUAAGGAAGGGCUAUGAUAUAAUUGAAGAUUUAUAUAGUCCAAGAACUGCUUCAAUGGACUUUGUCAGUGAGUUGGUCAGGAAACGUGGAAAAGAGAAUCUUCGAAAGUUCAUUCAAUUCAUUGUGGAAAUUUUCAAGAGAUAUGAUGAAGCACCUGUAGAAUAUAAGCCUUACCGACAGAAGGAUGGCGCUCUCCUUGCUGUUGGAGCACUUUGUGAUAAACUGAAACAAACCGAGCCGUAUAAAUCUGAAUUGGAACAUAUGUUAAUGCAACAUGUUUUCCCAGAGUUCCGCAGUCCUGUUGGUCAUCUUAGAGCCAAGGCAGCUUGGGUAGCAGGACAGUAUGCCCAUAUAAAUUUUUCUGACCAGAAUAAUUUCCGGCAUGCACUGCUUAGUGUUGUUUCUGGUUUGCGUGAUCCAGAACUUCCUGUUCGUGUUGAUUCAGUUUUUGCAUUGAGAUCUUUUGUUGAAGCUUGCUCAGAUUUAAAUGAGAUUCGUCCAAUUCUUCCUCAACUACUCGAUGAGAUUUUUAAACUUAUGAAUGAGGUUGAGAAUGAGGACCUUGUUUUUACUCUGGAGACUAUAGUCGAUAAGUUUGGGGAGGAGAUGGCGCCAUAUGCUCUUGGAUUAUGUCAGAAUUUGGCAGCUGCAUUUUGGAGGUGUAUGAACACAUCAGAGGCUGAUGAUGAAGCCGAUGAUCCUGGUGCUCUGGCUGCAGUUGGCUGUUUGCGUGCCAUAAGCACAAUACUUGAAUCAGUUAGCAGGCUUCCGCAUCUUUUUGUUCAGAUUGAGCCAACUUUGCUUCCAAUCAUGAGAAGAAUGUUGACAACUGAUGGACAAGAGGUUUUUGAAGAAGUCUUGGAGAUUGUUUCGUAUGUGACCUUCUUUUCCCCGACUAUAUCCUUGGAUAUGUGGAGCCUUUGGCCUUUGAUGAUUGAAGCGUUAGCUGAUUGGGCUAUAGACUUCUUUCCAAACAUUUUGGUUCCCUUGGACAACUAUAUAUCCAGGGGAACAGCGCAUUUUCUUACUUGCAAGGAACCAGACUACCAGCAAAGUCUUUGGAAUAUGAUUUCAUCUAUUAUGGCAGAUAAAAAUUUAGAGGACAAUGAUAUUGAGGCGGCACCAAAGCUGAUAGAAGUAGUGUUUCAAAAUUGUAGAGGGCAGGUGGAUCAUUGGGUUGAGCCAUAUCUGAGAAUCACUCUUGAUCGAUUGCGUCGGACGGAGAAAUCACGGCUGAAAUGUCUUCUUGUACAAGUGAUUGCCAAUGCGGUCUAUUACAAUGCAGCUUUGACACUCGGCAUAUUGAAUAAGUUUUGUGUUACAACGGAAGUGUUCAAUCUUUGGUUCCAGUUGUUGCAACAAGUUAGAAAGAGUGGUCUACAGGCUAAUUUUAAGCGGGAACAUGAUAAGAAAGUAUGCUGCUUGGGCCUUACGUCACUACUUGCACUUCCUGGUGAACAGUUAGUUGGAGAGGCUCUUGGGCGUGUGUUCAGAGCCACCCUUGAUCUCUUAGUUGCAUAUAUGGAUCAAGUUGCAGAAGCUGCAAAGGAGGAAGAGGCUGAAGAUGAUGAUGAUGAUAUGGAUGGUUUCCAAACAGAUGAUGAUGAUGAUGAUGCUGAUGGUUAUGACAAGGAAAUGGGAGCAUCGGCAGAGGAUGGGGAUGAAGCUGAUAGCAUCAGGCUUCAAAAAUUAGCUGCCCAGGCUAAGGCUUUCCGUGCAAAUGAUGACGAUGAUGAUGACUCUGAUGAUGACUUCAGUGAUGAUGAAGAGUUUCAGUCACCAAUUGAUGAAGUAGACCCUUUUGUGUUCUUUGUUGAUACUGUCAAAGGUUUGCAAGCAUCAGAUCCUAUGAGGUUCCAGAACCUUACACAGACACUGAAUUUCCAUUAUCAAGCUCUUGCACAUGGUGUUGCUCAGCAUGCUGAACAGAGGAGAGCAGAGAUUGAAAAGGAGAAAAUGGAGAAGGCAUCUGCUGCUGCUGCUCCAUCAUGAGUUCAGUUUUGAAAUGAAUUUUUGGUUUGCCCUAUGCGUUCAUUGAUUAUUCCAUUCAUUUAGAAAUGGUUUAUUGAAACCAAGAGUUGUUUCUGGUCCAUUCAAAGCAUUUAUCAGUUCGCAUGGUUUUGAAGGUGAUUGAACCUCAAAUGGUUGAGGUUCAAGUGCAUGGAGCCUUGUGCGUAUAAGUUCUCAAUCAUAAGCAGAAUAUAGGAUUAAGGGAACUCAGAGUUUGCCUCUUUGUCACGUUAUGAUUUUGGUUAGUCUGGUGAAUCUGGCUAUUCUUUGGCAGAAGAUGCCCGUCGCAACCAAUUUGCAUUUUUCCUUGUAUUCCAUCCAUUUGCAUAUUUUCUUAUUCUUCUUCCUCAUCGUGUUCUUUUCUCUUCCCAUCUUUUCCAUCAUUUUUUGGGUCUUCACAUGUUUAGUCACUGUAUUGGUCGAAGUUCUCCCAGAUUGGUUGUUUCCAGGAGUCCGAUCUCUCUCCUGGCUGUGACCAGGGAGGGUAGUCCAUUGCAUAAUCUAUGGAUAUGUCUUGCCAUGUUAAUCAGAUGGCCAAUAUGUAGUUUUUUUUUUUUGUAUUGAUUAUUUUGGUGUAGCCUACAAAAAUUUUCCUUUCCCCUCUCCCAAGUCAGGUAUAGUGUACCAAUAUCAGGGAAUAUUUAGUAUGAUUAUUUUUUGUGUGGGUUAUGGAGAUUUUUGGUUUCAGAGGGAUCUUGGGGCGUAGCAUGGUUGCCUUUGUAAGAAAGAUAUCAUGACAAUUAUUCUUUAUAUAUAAUGUGGAUUAAUGAAAGAAAUUAUUCUUAGGAUAUUUGUCAGUAACCUUUGUUCUUCAGACCUCUCAACUCCUGUCAAAAGUAUUGUGGACUCUGCCAUUUUCCAUUGGAGAGUAAGAAUUUACUAGACAAGUCAUAUUGGUGUCUUUUAUAACAAAAAGGGAAUCUUUAUCUGUUCAUGACAACUUCAUCACUGCACUGGUUCGUUUAAGCCCGUAUCAAAGCACAAGCAUUUCCAUUAGCGACUGUAAAAUCAGAGCUGCAUAAGACCUGCAGGUUCCUGUCAAGUCAAAAAUGAAAAUUUCUUGGGAGACAAUGGAGGCAAUAUUCUCGGGCAGUUGUAAUGCAAUCCUUGAUGAUUAUAUCAUCCUUAAGGAUGGUCCUUCGGUGGCUUAGUCUGGCAUUUUUGCCUUAAAAAACACUUCACUACGGGAAUGCCUGAAUUCAGGGACCGUAGCCUCAACAUCAGGCUGGGUCAAGAGGCCUGGUUAUAGACCUUCACUUACAGCCCUAGAAGCCCAAACGUUCACUGUUGCCGGUUCUAUUGCCGGAAAUCUGUGGUUGCCCUAGACAGGGGCAACAUUUGAGUCAGGUUUGCUAGAUUAACCAGUUGCCCAGCUCAUUUACUUGUGUCAUGGGUUGAGUCCGUGUAAUUUCAGGAUUUUGGUAUAAAUUCAU